AUGGCCAGAGGGCAAAUACCCCCAGUCUCCCGGCGCGGAGCCAGGCAGGGAGCAAGGAUUGAUCAGUGGGAUUUGUCGGAGGCGGAGAGCCAGCAUAUGCACCACACCCUUUAUUGGCUGCUAAACCCCGUCAAUUCGUCCAGGGGGGCGGAGGCGCCUACAUCGACGCAUCACCGGCUUCAGAGGGAAGCAGAACUUGGUUCAGAUGUGGGCUCCCGCUCUCGCAGCAAUCGAUGGGAUGGAUGGAAAUUUGUAUAUGCAUGCCCACAAAGCCAGGUCUACGGUCGGUAUGGCAUGCUGGGUCGAGUCGUUAGCCAGCAAGCAGCGUGA